UGCUCACAAGUUCUGAUAUAAACUACCCAGGUACUCUAGCCUGAAUCAUUGCAUUCCAUUCCAUUCUAUUCUACUGAAUGGCAGUUAAACCAAGCAGCAUGGAAAAUGAGAAUGAGCUUGUGAGCCCAACAGGAGAGAUUUUCCACACUCCUUCAUUUGGCAUAUGCAUUCACGUCGUUUCUGAGCUCGACAAACCAGUCGACAUCUCUCAUGCAAAGAAAGCUAUCCAAGAAAUCCUUCUCCCUCGAGGCCCACGGUUCUCCUCUAUUGUGACCAAGAAUGAGAAGGGGGAGCUGCAAUGGCAGACAACAGAGGUAAAUAUUGACGACCAUGUAUUUGUUCCAGAGUUUCCUUCUGGUCACACUGUAUACGAUAAGUUUGUGGAGGAUUAUGUUUCUGAUAUGCAUACAAGAAAGCUUCCUUGCUCUCGCCCUCUUUGGGAGUUCCACUUCCUUAACUACAAAACCACAACGGCAGAAUCUACAGUCAUUAUAAAUCUGCAUCAUAUGCUGGGAGAUGGUGUUUCUCUUAUGUCUUUAGUCAUAGCCUGCUCUACCAAGGUAGAUAAUCCUACCCUUCCACCAAGCUUUACAAUCUCUUCGCAACAGAAAAAGCCUCCUGGACAUGAGAUUCAUGAAAGUUCAUACACUGCUUGGCUUGGCUUGAACUUUCUUAACAGAAUAUGGCGUCUUCUGUUCACCCUUUUGGCUGUGAUGUAUUGCACUCUAUACGACCUUAUUGCUAGUUUUCUACUUUUGACAUGGAUGGAGGAUAGCAGGUUCCCUAUUCGAGGGCCUCCUGGUGUAGAAAUGUUGCCUAAAGUUAUGGCCUCUGCUAACUUUCUGCUACAAGAUGUUAGAAAAAUAAAGAAUUUUGUUGGAGGGAGCGUUAAUGAUGUGAUAUUGGGUGUGGUAUUCUGUGGGUUUCGACGCUACUGUGAGAUGGUUCUUCCUGACCCAAAUCAAAUCGAGAAUUUGAGAGUGACAGCUAUUGCUCUGAUGAACUCCAGAUCGCAGCCUGGCUUAAAGAAUCUGGAGGAGAUGACAAAACCCAGAACAAAAACUCCCUGGGGAAACCGGUGGGGGUUUUUGCAGCUGGCAGUACCCAUGGAAGGGUUUGAGAACCCUUUGGAGUAUAUCUUAAGGGCAAAGCGGAUGCAAGAAAGGAAGAAGAUGUCACUAGCAGUCAGUAUAACCAACAAAGUGAUAAGCUAUAUCACACGAUUCAGAGGUCCUAAAGUUACAGCUAAAGCUCUGUAUAAUACACUGGCCAAUACUACGUUUAAUAUAACGACCAUGAAUGGGCCUUCAGAGAAGAUGAAGGUGGCGGGAUACGAAGUUAGAAGUGGAUAUUUUUCAGUGUCAGGCAUUCCUCAGACUAUUCUUGUGACGUGUUUGAGCUAUGCAGACAACAUAAGAAUGCAAGUGAUCACAACGAAGGGUUAUGUGGAUGCAAACAAGCUUUCUAAAUGCUUUGAGGAAGCAUUUUUGGAGAUGAGAGAUGCUUGCCUCGUAUAAGAAAAAUUGAUGGCAAUAGUGAUUAUUAUGUUUGAUUUGUGGAUUUAAUUGUAUACAAUUUAUUUGUAUCAAUAUAUAGAUCAUAAAGAUAUUAAAUAUAUAGAUCAUAAAGAUAUUAAAGAAUGUGUGAAUUUAUAUAAUGCAAGAAAAAAAUGUCAUUUGAUUAACUACGAGUUAUGAUCUUUUGAGAGAUGCUGGAUUUUGAAUAUUAUUUAAAUGACAAAUGUAUAUACAUUUGUUUGUUGAAUAUAUUAUGGUAGCAUUUAUAGUUAUAUCAUAUCAAGUUGUUAUGAUUA